AUGUGGACGCCCUAUGGAGCCUCAAAAGUUCCCUUUUAUUAGUAGAGAUUAGUUUUGUUAAUACAUUAAUAUUUUUCUAGCUUAUAGGAUUUUCCUAUUUAAUAUUAUUUUUUAGCAAUUGUUAUGAAAAUAUCGGGCUUAAUCCACAUUUCAAAAUAUUUUGGGCCCGUUGAUGUGUAUUUACCGCUUAAUCCACCUCUCAAAAAUUUUAGAUAAAAACAUACAUAUUGCAUGGAUGUUAUUUAAUGACAGAUUUUAAUUGAACUUAAAUUCAGAAUAAUGCAUUUUAAAAUUCAUGAUUUUUAAUUAUAUUUUAAGAUCCAGUGUAAUUAAAAAUUGUAUUUGAAAUUUAUGGUUUAAACAUUUUAUGAUUUGGUUUUACUCAAUAAGAUUUCAUUAAAUUAGUUUUGUAAUUUUCAAAAUUUAAAUCUUGAAAUCAUUUUAAAAUUUUAUGUAUGUUGAUUCUAAUAUCUCUGCAAUAUAUUUUAUAUUUUUUAAUAAUUUACUUAUAAAUCUCUUAUGAAUAAAUUUACAGUUUUCAAUUUGGUUAUUUUCAGUGUUAUUAAUGUUUUGGAUGAAAAAUUGAUCAUCUACUAGGUUAUUCAGCUCCAGUGAAAGAAAAAAAAGAAUCUAGUUCAAACAUACCAUACCUAUUUACUUAGAACAGUCGUUUUUUCCUUCUCAACGGCUGACUCCAUCCAAUGUGAAAUACUACAUUCAAAAGUUGCAAAUUUAAUGGUUAACACAGUGAUUGUAUACAAAUAUCGACAGUUUGAUUUGUUUGUCAGUUUUAAGUUGAAGAAAGGUUUUAGUCCUCUUCUUCGUUUUCCACUGAUUUCAUUUGUAUAGGCUAUGUAAUAUUUAACCAGUUAUUCACAUCUUGUAUAACUUUUUGACUUUUUGUAUAACUUUAGAAAAAAAAGUAUAACUUUUGUCAGAAUUUUAUCAUCACUCUGAUUAGACAUAAGCUUUGGUUCCAUACCAUAUUACCAUCAUACUUUGCCACACUCAAAAUUUAUCCACAUUUCAAUUUUCAUAGAACAGAUAUUUAACAAAACGAAUUCAUCAAAUACGUUUUCUAACACUAGAAUUGAAGAAGAAGAAGUUCUAGUAUAAAAGUCAGAGACCGGACAUAGCACCCUUAUUCUCAAUCAUAGGCGCUAAAGCAUACGGUUUAGGAAACUAGAUUGAUAAAUAACACUAGACCAACAUUUUUCAAAUGCCUAAAUGGAUAAAGUCGUAGUAAGCCUUUCAUAAGAUAGCUCAUCUAAAUUCGCUGGAAGACAGAAACACGAUGUUUGACUAAUUAAUGGGUUUUGUCCAAAUGAAAUAAUGUAAAUUAAUUGUUACGAAAUCUAAAUGAUCUCUUUCUUUUCCUUUCCUUAUAGUUUUCUUGGCAUGGUCCAUUUCGAAUAUGUCCAAAGUCCAGUGUUUGAGUGACCAAGUUGUUGGUUAAUUUAUCUAAUUCAAAUACGACCACUUCGUGUGUAUAAUAUAAUAUAAUUACUACCUUCCUCGAAUUUUCAGUCAUGUUGUGUUCGUCUGCCUAUUUUCUCUAUAAGAAUUUGUCGCCUAAUGAUUUUUAAUUUAUUUUGAAUUUGACGUAAACAAAAUCGUGAAGGUUUCAGUCGUAUUUAGAAAAGUCUCGCACUCCAUCUUUUACAGUUGAAUGCAUUCUGACAAGGAGACGUAUAUUUGCGGUUUCAUUGUUAUUUGUCUCCCCAUCCGAGGAAACUUUUUUCAUUUUUCUUUUAACUUUUUUCUUACUAUCCUAAUUUCAUAUCUGUUAUUUUCUUCUUUUAUGAGUAUUUUCUGAGCCCCAGGUGAAGUAAUUAGCAAAGAGUUUACUGAUAUUUUCAUUUUAUAUUGAGAAUUCGAUUAGGCAAAGUUUGCAAAACCAUUAAAACCAGUUUAUUAGCAACUUUUUGGAAGAGAGCGUAGCAUAUAUAUUAGAGGUUAUCAGCAAAAUAUGAAAAUAACUAUUCAUGGCAGUUACACAUAUUAAUAAUAAAAAUUAUUUUUGAUUACCAUAUAUUUUGUGGUGUAUAUUUUUUUUUGUUGCUGUGGAGUUCACUGUAUAUUGAAUUGCUAUACAUUUAGAUUAAUUCACCCUAUUGUAAUUGAUAAAUUAUCAAUGAUAAUUUAAGUAAAAAUAUAACAUUUGGAUUUUUUUUUCAAAUUUUCUCAAAUAUAUUUUCUCUUUUUUUCUGCUACGCUGAAAAUACUUUUCGUUCUUUAUAAGAAUUUCAGAUUUUAUAAUAGUUAAAAGUAUACUGUUUAAUUUACUUGGACUGGCCUAUUCAGUCAAAAGAAAUAAUUCCAAUCAUUAUUGUUGAAUAACUUCAGAUUUUGACAUUGGCAUGGGAAAAAAUAACCAGUAGCAAUUAAAUUUUUGAUUAAACAAAUAACUGGGUAACUAGGUAUUUACCCAUGAUAACUAAUGUUUAUGUUACAUCCAUAUCUUCUUCUUUUCUUUUGCUUACUUAAAAUUCAUUAUACAUAUAUAUGUAUAUAUAUUCAUUUAAUAAAUGUAUAGUCCAUCCUUUUUGGAAUUUUCAAAAAUAUUUUGUGUACCAGUUAUUCUAUUAUGUAAUUAUAUUUUAUCAAAUCAAAUUGGUAUGUAAGUUGAAAAAUUAAUUUAGCCAAAAAGUUAGAAAAUAAAAUAAGUACAUUAUAUAUACAAAUUUGAAUUGGUUUUGUAGAACAAAAAAACUUUUUUUUCCAAAACAAAUAAUAUUUUUCAAACAUUUAUUAAAAAAAACUGAGGAAAUAAUCAAAUAAUUUGCGGUCCUAUGCAUGGGAUAAAUACUUUUUUUUUUGAUCAAUGCAUGGGAUAAAUACUAUAUAAUAGCUAUCUUGGUCAAAAUAUUUGUUGACAAUAUGAAUAAUAAAUUGUUAAAUUGCACCAAGUUUUAGCCAGAAUACAAUUAUCUCAUGAAAAAGAUCAGACGUCUAUCUCGAAAUUCCACUGAGAAAGUUGGCAUUUCUUUCUAAUGAAUUAUAUACAAAAUAAAAUAUUCCAUAAGGAAUCAUGACGAGCCACGUGACAAUCACCUACAAAUUAAACGAUGUCGUUGGAUGCAGCCAUACAGCCACAAGCAUGCAUAAAUAAAGAUGGUGCCUCCACCACAAGGUUUUCUCACUUCGCAAGUGAAACAAACAACUCUCAGCCAAAAUAAACAAAAAUUAUCUCUAUCAAAUCUCUCUUUAUUUCUCUUGUGGUAAGAAACACAGAGCAAGUAGAUAUCUUUUUCUCUCUCUGUCUCGCUCUUUGUGUUCUUCUUGUUCAGUGUUAAAACAGUCUCGAGUACCCCAAAAGAGCAAGAUGUCUAUAAGAAGAAUCUACCGAUGUCUGAAUGCUUUAAUCAAAAGAUCAUGUGCUCGAUCUUUAUGAUCAUACGUGCCACUUCACACUUUAUUUCAAUUCUCAGGUUUUCAAUUUUUUUUCUCUUUGUUGCUUGUUUCACUUGACAACAACUCCUUUGAAUUCGACCGAAGAUAAAUCAUUACAUCAAAAAAAGCCAAGACUCCUUGAAGAAUCAAGAAUCAAGAAUGGUGCGGACACCAUGUUGCAAACCUGAAUUAGGGUUAAAGAAAGGAGCUUGGACCCCCGAGGAAGAUCAGAAGCUUAUCUCCUACCUUAACAAUCACGGUGAAGGUGGAUGGCGAACUCUGCCCGAAAAAGCUGGUAUUUAUAUUUUGUUUAUUAUUAUUUAUUCCAGUCAUUUUUAAUUUUGAUCAGUGUUAGUAUUUUCUGGUCAUUACUGGUCAAUAAUAUAACACAUAAUUCUUUACAUGGUAUAGGACUCAAGAGAUGUGGCAAAAGCUGCAGACUGAGGUGGGCCAAUUAUCUAAGACCUGACAUCAAAAGAGGAGAGUUCACUGAAGAUGAAGAACUUUCUAUCAUCUCUCUUCACGCCCUUCACGGCAACAAAUGGUCUGAUAUAGCUCGUGGAUUACCGGGAAGAACCGAUAACGAAAUCAAGAACUACUGGAACACUCAUAUCAAAAAACGUUUGAUCAAGAAAGGUGUCGACCCGGUUACACACAAGAGUUUGAUCUCCGAAACCAGCAAAUCAGAAAACCUCCCGGAGAUUCUGAAUAAUCAAAACAUUAUUCAGACAAUUAUAACGAGUAAAGAUGAUCUUGGUAAUAAUGAGAAUGUCAAGAAUGAAGCCAAUAAGUCAAGAUUAUCAUCAGCUAGGUUUUUGAACAGGGUGGCUAAUAGGUUUGGAAAGAAAAUCAAUCAGAGGGUUAUCUCGGAGAUUAUCGGAAGUGGUGGCCCACUCAUUACUACUACUACUACUACAAGUGUCACCGUUGACUCUAUUUCAGAUAAGUCAACGAGUUUUUCCUUCACACCAACUUCGUAUCUUCUCAACCAGAUGACCGUUAAUGGUAACGGUAACGCUACGUCGCCUCCAUCCAUGUUCUCUGAUUCCUCCGUUAACGAUCCUUUAAUGUGCCGUAGUGUUGAUAAUAUCGGAUUCUCAGGGUUUCUGAAUGAGCAACAUGCCAUGAUGUUGGAAGAGUCUUGUGUUGAGAACACUGAGUUCAUGAAUGAACUUACGAGGUUUCUUCGGGAGGAUGUGAACAAUGACGUUGAGGUGACGCCGGUCUAUGAAUAUAAAGACGAUUUCGAAGAGAUUGAUAACUAUUUUGCAUGCGUGAAUCUUCUGACGAAUCCCACAUGAUCACUUGAAUUUUGAUCAUGUAUAUAUAUAUAUAUAUAUAUAUAUAUGUUGAUUGAAAUAUUACCAUGAUGAUGCUAAUAAUAGAAUAAUAACAUGUAGCGUGUACGUAACUACGUAUUGUGAUAUGUGCGUGUCUUUUUCGUGAUUUUCUAAUUUUUCUUAUUUUGUAAGUUUGCCAUCAAGUGUGUUUCGUAUAAAAUGGAUAAUUAUUAAUGGUGAUCAGUCAACGAGAGUAUUGUAUACUUGUAUUUUGUACUUAUAAAUUGCGAAGAUGCAGAACAAGUACCAACGAAAAAUGGAUCACAUGAGAGUUAACUUUAUGUUUACACUACUGCGAGCAUUGUUUUUACUUCUUAUGGUUAUGGGCUGUAUUAAACUAUAGCUUUUGUAGCUCAUGGGCUACGAGGGAAAAAAAACUUUACCAGUAAAGCUACCAGCCUACCAGUUCCGGGCAAAUUAUUACAAUUUUUUUCCGCUGCAGUAAGAGUAUUUUCGGUAUUUAUAUUCUUACUUUAGAUUAGGCUCCAUCAGACUUUCACCGAUCAACUCCUUUCAAAUUAAAGGAUAAUUCCUUCUUUACUUUAUCUUGCUAAUCCCAUAAGAUCGACACAUGUAUUUUGAAACGGAUAGUAUUAAUACUGAUCUACCCUAUAGCUAAGCAGGUAGCUAAGGCUAUACAUCUCUCAUUUCCAAGUUAUCGAUUCCAUUGUUAAGUUUUGUGGUCUCAUUGUAAUUUGUGCGGAGAAUCUUCGAGUGUUACCUCCUUGGCUCCUUUUAUGUCUUCCCCAAAAUCGCAUUGACCAUGUUAAUGUUGUAUGACAUCAUCAUUUACCUACCACGUUACAUCUGUCCCUGGAUAUUCUCGACAGGUAUCUUGUGAUUUAUCCUGUGACCCGAUGUCACACAUUGACUACUCAAGGAUAUGGUUCUAUGAGUUCCCAUCGAACCAACAUUACUGAAGUAAUUCCAAAAUACAUUCAUUCAACGGUUGGACGAGAUAUGAAAUUUUGUCCCGUUCCAGUAGAUUAAAAAGAGCUAGAUUUGUAUAGCUUUUUUUUUUCCUCUGAAUAUUUACCAUUUCAUAGAUUUGUAUAGCUUAUAUAUCAUUAUUUUGUUGACAAAAAAAAAUCAUUAUUUAAUCAAGACUUGAGACCGACAUAAAGUAGUUGAUCAUUCUUUGAACGUUCCAAGGGUUAAGAAGAAAUGCAGAUUAUCAGUCCAUCCUUUUGAAAGCACCAUGCAAAGACAAAAGUAAAAGCUGAGAUUUGUUUCAAAUAUAAUAUUAAUCUUAAAGGAAUGAUUUUGCUUUUUUCAAGAUAGUGUUUUCGUCUAUAUAAUCAGAAAUUAAAAACACAAGCAGUUUCUUCGGGAACAAACAUGACAUUUUAGAACUAGCACAUUGUGAACAACAUAGAUACCCCCCAUGCACGUAGUAAGACCGUCCGAUCGUAAACAAUAAUUUUUCUAUAUUUUAUACUAAAAUAAAAUAAUUCUAUUAUAAAAUUGAAUUUAUUCUAAUAAUUCACUAUAUAAUAGAGUGAAAUAUAGAAUAAUGUUGUUGUUUUACUCUAUUUUUGGAAUAGAAAAACAACAUUAUUUUAUAUUCUACUCUAUUAUAGAGUAACUUUAUUAUAAAAUAAACCAUUGAAACAAAUUCAAUUCUAUAAUAGAGUAAUUCUAUUUUAAAGUGAAAUAUAGAAAAAAUUAUUAUGUACCAUUGAAGAUGUUCUAAUCAAGGUUGCUUAUUCUUGAUUGGAGACAUUAAACUUUUGGUAAAAAAAAAUUAGUGAUUGGUGUCAUUACCUAUAUUAAUUAUAGUUAGAAGAAAACCAGUAAUCUAUUACUUUUUCUCAUCAACCUGCCAAAAAAUAAUAAUUUACAAAAUCUAGACCCACUAUAGCAAGUGGGAUAUGUAAAAACAAAUACUCCUAUGUAUGAUGAGUAUUAUAAUAUCUAGAAAGUUUCUAACUAAUUCCAAUAUAUUUAUUAAAAGCAUAUUUCAUUUUUAUUUAUAAUGGAAACUUAUACAAAACAGAGCAACUUUAUAUAUAAACUGCAUUCACAAAUCGUAAUAAGUGUAGAUUAGGGGAUACGGCUAAAUUAACUAGACCUAAUUUCCAUGCUUUAAACUAAACCAAAUAGAACUUCUGUAAUUGUGCGAGAAAACUAAUUAAUGGCCACUUCUGUGACACAUGAGACAUGUUUAGAUAGAAUUCUUUGAGAACUCAUUAUCACUCCGACGGUUAUCUUCUUC